GCCCCAUGAAGCUAACCUCAUGCGCUGCACGUGUUGAUUAAUAAUAUAUAGUCUAUCCACAAAGCGGGACUGGUCAACAAAAUUUGUUCACUUUUCAUGAGUUAAUCUCAUUAGUUCGUUGUCUAAAAUCUUUUAUCAUCAAAGAUGACUGAUGUAUUGCAAUCAGGUACCGAGGUAUUUUCGGAGAAGAAAAAGAAGAAAAAUAAGGAAGGAAAGGAAGCAGUGACUCUGGGUGCAUUUCAAAAGCUAGGAGACUUUAAAAUCGAACCAUCUGAAAGUGUAACUAAGCUUGAUACCGCGUACUGGCCUUUGUUAUUGAAGAACUUCGAUCGCCUCAACGUCCGAACUAACCACUACACACCGCUGUCUUUCGGUAGUUCGCCUUUAAAGCGCUCGAUAUCUGAAUAUGUGAAGUCGGGUUUCAUAAAUGUUGACAAACCAAGCAACCCAAGUUCCCACGAAGUCGUGUCAUGGAUAAAAAGAAUAUUGAAAGUGGAAAAAACCGGUCAUUCGGGUACUCUCGACCCCAAAGUAACAGGUUGUCUUAUCGUGUGUAUAGAUAGAGCCACGAGAUUAGUGAAAUCCCAGCAGAACGCUGGUAAGGAGUAUGUAGCCGUGUUCAAUUUACAUUCAGCUGUAGAAAGUUUGAAGAAAGUCACUCAAGGGCUGGAGAAGCUCAGAGGAGCAUUGUUCCAGCGUCCUCCUUUAAUUUCAGCUGUGAAACGUCAACUCCGUGUACGUACAGUGUACGAUAGUAAAUUACUUGACUAUGACCAAGAACGUAACAUUGGUGUGUUCUGGGUCAGCUGUGAGGCUGGUUCAUAUAUUCGUACAAUGUGUGUCCAUUUGGGCCUCAUGCUCGGUGUUGGUGGUCAAAUGAUUGAGCUCAGAAGAGUAAGGUCUGGUAUCCAGGGUGAGAAGGAGGGUAUGGUGAGCAUGCAUGAUAUAUUAGAUGCACAAUGGGCAUAUGAGAACCAUAAAGACGAGACAUACUUAAGAAGGGUCAUUAAACCACUGGAAGGUCUAUUAGUUGCUCAUAAAAGGAUCUUCAUUAAGGACAGUGCAGUUAACGCUGUAUGUUACGGUGCUAAAGUCCUUCUACCUGGAAUUUUGAGAUAUGAAGACGGCAUAGAAGUUGACCAGGAAAUAGUUAUUGUAACUACAAAAGGUGAAGCUGUUGCGUUGGCCAUAGCACUCAUGACAACAUCAACGAUGGCGUCAUGUGAUCAUGGUGUUGCAGCAAAGUUAAAAAGAGUCAUCAUGGAACGAGACACAUAUCCCAGAAAAUGGGGCUUAGGACCUAAAGCAUCGCAAAAGAAAAUACUAAUACAGCAAGGCAAACUCGACAAAUACGGCAAACCAAAUGAAAACACUCCCUCAGAAUGGUUAAACAGUUACGUAGAUUACAAAGCAAAGAAAGACACAGAAAAUGGGGAUGCAGAUGCUGAUGGUAAUAGGAAAAGAACUGCAAGCGCGUCAAAUGCUGAAGACCCUAAUAAUUCAACUGAAAUAACGUCAGAGAAAAAGAAGAAGAAGAAAAAGCGUGAUACUGAAGCAAUGGAUGCAACAGAAGCAGACACAACAAUUGAACCUGAACAAACAACAGAAGCAGCGGAUGAAUCAGUAAGAAAAGAGAAAAAGAAAAAGAAGAAGAAGGACAAAGAUCAAGAGAGAGAAGAGGAAUAAAUUAACAUUUGCAGCUGUAUAUUUUAAAUAGAAGGAAAAUAUUUUGUCGUAAAACAAAUAAGAUUCAUGCAAAUAAUUUUAAGGCUGCAUAAGUUCUAAUCUUGGUCAAAAACUCCUAGAAAAAAAUUGCCAGACUAUAAAACAUGUUAUAUAAAAUGUUCUAUGUUAACAUAAAUAUUACAUGAAUAGUAACAAUUUAGAAUCAGUUAAAUUUGAUUUUGUCAAAAUCGUAAUAACAUUUUUGUAUUAUUCAACAAAACUCGAUAGUUUCAUUAAAAUAAUAAUUGUAAGUAAAAUAUAGGUUUAAGCAAUGAAAUAAAAACUUUAUUUUUAAUAAAAAUAAACUUUUAAAUGUGUUACGGGUUAUAUUUGGUUGCAUUUAGUAGUCCAUAUUGAAACUAUGAAUAACAUUCAUAGAAAUGUCAAUCUUCUAUUUGUUUUACUAAAUUUGCUUGAUUAAAAAUUGAAUAAAGCAUUAUUUUUUUUAGGUUAUAUUAAUUAUUGAACAUUCAGAAAAAUAUCCUAUUACCAGUGAAGAUGUACGAAAGUUUUUAGAGUUUUAAGAAUAAAAGCGUUAGACUAUGCUAUAAAAAGUUAGUUUGAAUAGAUUUUGUACAAAGAUUGUAACAAAUGUCAAAUAUUUUGAGUAAUUUUUUUUUUAUUGCGUAAUUGAAAUUGACAAGUUUUGGAAACGAUUUUUAGUGCUAAGCUAGUGUUCUAUGCUAGCUGUUAAUAGCAUCAAUAUUUUGAUUGGUUUAUUCUUUGUACAAAUUUUAUUUAAAUUUAACUAUAGUUUAGGUUUUAUUAUUGAUUCUAUGUUGUAUAUCAACAUUAAAAUGUAAAGUUAAA